UUUCUUAUAGAAAUAUUGUCAAAUGAAAACAUAAUUAUCUAUCCGUCUAAUCAGAUAUAAAUGACUAAUAAAAUUUACAUUGUAAGAACAGUUAUUUCAUUAAAAUUUUGUACUAUCACAUAUUUAUUUUUUGUAGAGGAUGUAAUACGCAGAAGGUUGCUAAUAGAUGGAGAUGGUACAGGAGAUGAUCGUCGAAUAAAUAUGCUUCUAAAAUCAUUUAUUAAAUGGAUAAACAGUCCUGACGUAGACAACACAUUGCACGAAAGAAUGCUCUCGCAACUAGCCCAAUGCGAAUUUGCUCAAAGAAAGUCUAGACUGGUAUCAAAUAUGAGUCAAGAAGAAUUGAAAAGUUAUAGUAAUUUAUCAAACGAUAUAGAAGUCCAAAUAGAAGAAGCCAAAAAGGAAAUAGAAAAGACAAAAAUAGAAUUAAAUGAAGCUAAACGCGUAAGGAAAAAUAGAAUAGAAUAUGAUGUUUUAGCAAAAGUUAUUAGCGAGCAACCAGACAGAUUAGAAACCAAUGAAAAACUUGCCGCGCUGCGUCAAGAAUUAGGAAGUCUGAAGGAAAAAUCUGAACAAUUGGAACACAAAUUAGAAAUGCGAAGAAAACAAUUUCACGUUCUUAUAUCUUCUAUUCAUUCUUUGCAAGAAAUGUUAGACGAAUGCGAAGAAGAAAUAAUGGAUAUUAGUUUAGAAAAUUAUGAAGAUACAGAUACAACUUCCAUGGGUCUUUCAAAUCUAGAAGAGUAUGAGUUCCGCAACUAAUAGUAGUUACCAUUGGAUAAAAAAGUGGACCAUCUGAAUGUGCCUAUUAAAAAUC